ACAAGUCUGGAUUAUGUUCCGUGGCGGCGCAAUCAGUGAAAAUGUGGACUGACUCUCCCACAAUAGUAUUGACACAACGUCAUGCACCAAAGUCGAAACGCCAUAUUCACUGCUCUUGGCACUAUUUGCAAUAACGCCAAAGCCCCACCCGACGCAAUAUAUCUCGACCCGUUGUUCACAGCACACUUUUCCACUCCGCCAAUCUUUUUGAUACGCUGCCCACGAACAUCAACUUUCCUCCACCCACAAUUCCACGAGAAGGCGACCUGCCGAUAGCAAGAAUGUUCAAUCCCCUCCGCAAUCUUCUGAGUUUCUGGGGCGCCGCUGACACGAGCGUCAUCGAAAGCUCCAGUAACACACACGACAAAGAUGUGACAUCCGAGAGCAACGGCUCUACAUCCAACGCACUAGAUCGCAAACUCCAGUUCGGUCCAGCGUAUCGCGCGGCCUGCAAUCACGCAGCGCCUCCUACACGAUACGCGAGCGGCGUGUACAAGACCUCACCGUCUCCACCGCCCAAUGCGGCCCUGUCAGGAUAUCUCUUUUCUCAAAUGAAGACUAUUGAGCCGUCAGGAUCGCAGAUCAGCAAUAUCCUGCCGCCACCAUUUCCCAUGUCCGGUCCGCCGGCUGGCAACCCGACUAACCCAGGCGACUCUACUACAACUUCUGGCGACAUUGAUAUGCCGGAUGCGAUCCCAUUGACACCUCUGACACCUCCGAUAACGCCUCCUUGCAAUCAUGAUGACACCCAGCGUUUGGCGGAGGAAACGUCCCAAGGGGACAUUCACAACGCAACUGUCGAAGACGAUGAUGAGACUACACAGUCACGCAACAACGUCACUCCCACACCCCCGGAAUGUGACGAUCGACCUCGCUUACAGCCAACGCAACAACAAAACCACCAGCAUAAUACCACCACAUCACCGUCCGCGUCAAACUGGGUAGACGAGAUCGUCAUUGAAGAAGACACUUUCGAGAGCAACCUCCCAGUCGGCUACAUGGGCACCUUCCACGGUUCACGGCACUUCAUACCAGACUACCCCGGUAUGAAACCUUGCAGCAACCAACUCAAGCACCUCCUCCUCUGCGGCCACUGGAUCGACAGCACGAACCCAUGUGGCGCCAACUGCAAGAAGCAAGACCACAGCCACAAGCAAUUCAACUGCCCAGCCUGUCACGACAUCGUCCGCAGGAUCCUUACCGGAGCCUUCCAGCCGGCCGACUCGAUGAGGCUCAGGGAGUUCAGAAACAAGAAGGAUGUAGCUUUCCUAGCUUGCUGUGUGGAGCAAGUUAUUCGUGCUGCGCCUCAGCUCAAGACGGGCGUUACUGAGGCUGUGGCUGGCUUUCUCUACCCGGGCUAUGGGCGUGCGUGUGAGCGAGCUGAAAAUCCUGAUCCAGAGGGUCAUGAUACUAUCGAGUAUCUAGUACGCGAUCUGCAGAAGCGCCACGAGCGCAAGCAGCGCGAGAGGUCGGUUCCAGAGGACCCGUUUCAUACGCAGGAGAAGCGUGCUAGGGAUGGGGAUGCUACGGGAUGGCCUACUGAUGCGAACACUCCGACGAACGAUGACACUGCCACGAACCAUACGCAUCCACGAGUCGACGCUCCCACAAGCGAUGGCAAGACGUACGACAUGCCACCCCAUAUCAACAAAAAGCGCAAGACGUCCCUAGAAACCCACCGCGAACCCAUCACACCCUCCACCCGCGGCCUCAAGCGUCGUUCAUCAUUUUAUUCCUCCCCUUCAUCCUCCCCCUCCCCAUCACCCUCUUUCACCUCCCCCACCGCCUCACCCUUCGCAUACAUUCCCAACUCCAAAACUUCUUGUCCAUCUAUCCCCUCACCACCACCAAAGAAAAAACUAAUCACUAAGCCGGACCCCGCAUUCGGCGAAGCCAGCUUCGUUGUUACGCCGCCUCAUGUUGUUGGUCCGCUGAUGCGGAAAAGGCAUAGUGAGGUUUAUGUUGAGGAAGAGAUUGAGCGCGAGAGUAAGAGGAGGAGGGGUGGGGUUUGGGGGGUGGAGAGGAAGAGGGAGAAGGAGGGUGAGAUGGAUGGUAGAAGGACGAGGGUGAAGGUGUUUGAGACCUUCAGGAGGGCGUGGGAUGAAAGGGAUGAGGAGGAGGACUGUGAGUUCUAGGAGCUAGGAAGUGAAUUAGGAGGGUGAGGAUUAAGGCGGCUUUCAUGGUCGUACAGUGUGUGAUGAUUCGCGAUGGAUUCGUUUGAUUCAAAGUUCGUGGAUUUACUUGAUAUACUAUGGGAUAGUACAAUCAUUGAUGUCAUCUCUGACAUAAUCAUCGAGUGAUCGCAUGAUUGGUGUCUAUGUUUCAGCUGUGUGAAAAACCUGGGAAGGGGUAGCCUUUGGGAUUGCUGCCGCAGGAAGGAGCUCGUGAUACCCCUUUGCACGUGACAUACCCCCGCGGCAACAACCAGCCUUAGCAGCAAGGCAAUAUCUUAACAUCGGUAUAAUAUACCCCAAGAAAGGCUUCGCUGACCGAGACAAUGCUUCGCUGGGGACUGACGGGUAACACCCGCUUCCGCGACAGGUAAUGACUGACGUCACGACCUCCUUCCGU